CUCCGCUUCUGUCACAUGACAUCCGUUUCCCGUGCUUCUGUACAACGGAUUCAGCAAAACUCCCCUCGGGCUCUGUUUCUAACACCAAGAACUCUAAAGAGGUUCAGUUUAAAGACAUGAUCUUUAAUAAUUAGAGCUGCUUACUGUAAUGAAAAGACGGAGACUAACCUGGGAUGUCACUUCCGGUUGAAAGUGCAGAGAUCUGAUGCUGUUUCUGCGGAAGGAGAGGAACAUGAUGACUGAGGGAAACCUUUAAAUCUGAUUAAAUAAGAGUCUGACUUUACAUUCAGUGGAUGCCGAAGUGAACACAGGACUCUGACGGAUCUUGACCUUCUCUCCCUCACUUCCUCAAGUGACAUCGACUUUGACAUCAGCUGCGUCCUCCUCUGAUGAUCUGAAGCAGAGAGGACAGAGUGUGACUCUGAGAGAUCAACAUGCCGUCCAACAAGUCGGUGUCGGACGCUCCCAUCACUCAGUUCAUCAACUGCAGGAUACUGACAGACCACAAACUGCAGAGAGAGGACCUGUGGGUGCGUGAAGGGAAGAUUUUAGACCCAGAGAAGCUGUUCUUUGAUGAGCAGGGGUACGCUGACAAACUUGUGGACUGUGAAGGCAGCAUCAUCGCCCCCGGGUUCAUAGACGUCCAGAUCAAUGGAGGAUACGGCAUCGACUUCUCUCAGGCCUCAGACGACGUCAGCAGCGGAGUUUCUUUAGUGGCCAAGAAGAUCCUGGAGCAUGGAGUGACGUCUUUCUGCCCCACUCUGGUCACCUCGCCCCCGGAAGUCUAUCACAAGGUGUUGCCUCAGAUCAAAGUUCAAAAUGGAGGAAAACAUGGAGCUGGAGUUAUUGGUUUCCACCUGGAGGGCCCGUUCAUCAGCCUUGAGAAAAAAGGAGCCCAUCCAGAGAAGUUUCUCCGGCCCUUCCAGAACGGUGGGUUCCAGGACUUGAUAGAGGUCUAUGGCGGCCUGGACAACGUUGCUGUGGUGACGCUGGCUCCUGAGCUGGCUGGCAGCCUAUCAGUGGUGAAGGAGCUCUCCCAGAGGGGCGUUACUGUGUCCUUAGGUCACUCUGUGGCCAACCUGUCGCAGGCUGAGGAGGCCGUUCAGCACGGAGCCUCCUUCAUCACUCACCUCUUCAAUGCCAUGCUGCCUUUCCACCAUCGUGACCCGGGCAUCGUGGGGCUCCUGACCAGCGACCGGGUCCCUGCAGGCAGGACGGUCUACUACGGAAUGAUUGCUGACGGGAUCCACACCAAUCCUGCCGCCCUCCGCAUCGCUCACAGAGCUCAUCCCUCAGGUCUGGUGUUGGUGACAGAUGCGAUCACAGCGAUGGGUCUCCCUCCAGGGCGCCACACUCUGGGCCAGCAGGUGAUAGAGAUCCAGGGUCUGCACGCCUACGUCGCAGGUACGACAACACUCUGCGGCAGCAUCGCCACCAUGGAUAUGUGUGUGCGUCACUUUAAACAGGCUUCAGGCUGCAGUAUAGAGGAAGCUCUGGAAGCUGCCUCGCUCCAUCCAGCUCAAGUUCUGGGAAUCAGCAACAAGAAGGGAACCCUGAAUUACGGUUCAGACGCAGAUCUCAUCAUGCUGGAUGACGCCCUCAAUGUGAAAGCCACCUAUAUUUCUGGAGAGGAGGUUUGGAGGAGAGGACCAUAGAGGAAGAAGAAGAUGCCUAAAGAUGAAACUCUAAGGACUGCUGGGACCUUUUGUGCCUUCAGGGGGCGCUGUUCAUCACAGAACGCCAACUCUGUUGAAGUUUAAUUCUUCAGAACAUUCACCUCAGUUGCUGGACUUUCCUUUUCCUCCAUACGAAACAAAUCAGACUCAGUCGUCUGUCUGUGGAUCUGUUCACAGCUUUGGAUAAAAAAAAGCGUAAAGUUUGUCUUUCUGAAAUAUUCCCCUCAAAAAACAUAUUUUUCUAAGAUGUUUUUUAACAUCACAUUUUAAUAACUUAGUUCUUCUCUUAUCUUGUCGACUGAAGUCUUUAUAUGGACACGCUGAGUUUAAUGACUGAAGGUAAAAUCAAUCCUGUAACAAAUGUGUGAUUUAAAGGGAAAUAUUUUGACAUUAAAACAGAUCAAUCAACUUUAUUAAUACCA